GCCCUGCUUCAUGUCCAGUUGCUCUUCCGGCUCGCAGAAGAGCGCUCAGCAGUGUUACGGUAGUGCCGGGCUGCAGUUAGCAUGUUAUAACAUGAGUUUUGUGGUACCGGUGAAGGAAGCGCAGAGAAUGGAGUACCAGUUGCCGCCGCCGCCAGCCGCCCCCGGCGUAGGGGCGCACCAGGUGCCCGUGGGGGUGAUGCAGGGCACACUCACCCACGUCCAGGCCCAGGACGACCGCUGGACGCAGUACCAGCAGCUGUGGAGGCAGCACGUCUACAUGAACGGAAAUAGUAAACCUACUCAUCCUCACGGUCACGGCCACUCGACGAUCAAAGACUUGGCAGGAAGUAUAUUAGGCGACGAUAAAAAAGACGAUGGAGAACUUUGGAACAACGUUGAAGCCCAAACAGCAUUCCUCGGGCCUAAUUUAUGGGACAAAACCUACGAAACCGACCUCAAAUACGUGGACUUGGACGAAUUUCUCUCAGAAAACGGUGUAUCGAUGGAUGGUUUGGGCUCACACGGAUCACUUGGACCCUUGGCCAGUUCGCAUCCUUUACCGAAAAGGGAAAGGUCACCGAGUCCUAGCGACUGUAUGAGUCCAGAUACCAUUAACCCUUCAUCACCCGCCGACUCAACGUUGUCAAUGGCUUCGAGUUGUCGCGACUUCGACCCACGGACAAGAGCAUUUUCAGAUGAGGAGCUCAAGCCCCAACCCAUCAUCAAAAAAUCCCGCAAACAAUUCGUACCAGACGACCUAAAAGACGAUAAGUAUUGGGCCCGGCGUAGGAAGAACAAUUUAGCCGCCAAAAGAUCUCGAGACGCCCGCCGAAUGAAAGAAAAUCAGAUCGCUCUUAGAGCAGGAUAUCUCGAAAAAGAGAAUGUUGGUCUCCGUCAAGAGCUUGAACGACUGAAAAAAGAGAACUUGAUGUUACAGAACAAAUUGGCGAAAUACGAGGAUGUGUAAUGUUAAAGUUACUGUUUUCAGUCUUGUAUAGAUUUUCACACAACAGCCGUUCACUCAUCCAACUCGAAACUGUUCAGUGAAAAGUGUUCCUUCAAAAGGCGAUCCAACAUUUGUAAAUAAAACAUGCACAUUAUGUAGUCAUCAUGUAGUAUUAAGUUUAUUACUGUAGAAGAAAAAUUUAAGUACAUAAAAUGUUCGCUUUGGUCAGGAAGUAUUUAGAACCAACAGUAAUCAUUAUAGUACACUGUUUUGUGAUAUUAAAUAAUGAAUAUGUAAAUACGGUAAUAAAGUAUAUAAGUUUACAAAGUUUCAUUAAUCUACCGUCAAUCAUCACAAAUCAUUUUUAUUGUAUUAAGAUAUAUUCUAUAUUAGAAUCUAGCAAGAAUUGUAUUAAUUGUAAUACAAUCGUUUUUUUUUUAAGUUUUAUUUCGAAUGUUCCCCUAAAUAAGUCCUGACCAAAAUACUGCCCACUAAUCGGCAGCUGAUGACCUCUGUUAUAUUUGUAGACUUAUUGUUGAUUGUUUUUAUGUUUAUAUAGUCUAUUUUUUGGUUGAAGUUACUUUAGUCGUACUAUUAAGCAAAAAUAGUGUAAAAGAAGUAGUAUGCUCACAAAUAACAGGGAUAGAGAAGGACCGUUCUUGCAGGGAUCCAUAGAGAACUAAGUAAAAGUAGUAGUGCUUACCCCUCAAUGUGCUACCGUUAUUUAUAUGCCUGAAUGCAAGUUUUAGUUAUUUAUAUGUGUUGUUUUUGGUUAAAGUUUUGCUGUUGGUUUUACGGAAAAACAAUGUAAUCGAUAUUGAGGUUGAUAUUAUCAAGGUUGUAAAGGAUGAUUGAUACACAAAGUGAUAACUGAACGUUGAAAUUAUAUAAAAUGUUACCGUAAUCUUAAGAAUAUACACAUUGUAAAAAUGACUGCAGUUGAACGUUUUACUUGUUCUUCAUUACCAUUAACAACUGCCUUGAAGGCAUGCCUUAUACAUAAAAAUUUUUAACUUUUAUAUGUAUUUGUUGGGAAAAAAUGUUUCCACUGCAGUGGGAUUUUUAUACAUACGUACUGAAACGAGGAAAAUUUAUUUUCAGUAAAAAUUUAUAUGUAUUUACAAAAUGUUACUGUUGAAUGUAUACUACGUAUCGCUAUAUUUAUUUAUAAUGAUUUUUACGAUGCAAAUGUUAACCUAAACGGCCUCAACUUGAGAAAUGUAAAUUUUUAUGAAUAUGCAGCUUAUAUCCGCAAAAGUACAACGUAUAAUGUAACUUACUAGAAAAUAAAAGUGUUCAAAAAUAGAAAUAUCUAAUUAUAACAACUGUAAUUGCUGUUGUGAGCAUUAAAUUAUGUAAAAAUUAUAUAAAUAUUUCAUUUCAUUGAAACUCUUGAUGAGUGUGUCUAGACUACUACUUACUACACUACUGCCACAAAAGUAUGACGAAUUCAUCAAGAAUAUGUAUGAGGAAACAUUAAAAUAAUCACGAACAUUUAGAAAUCAAUAAUGUAGAUUUUUGUUAUGAAAACAUUAAAAGAGAAUAAAGAAAUGUAAAA